CCUAGCACAAAAUACACAUGGGGUUGACGUCUCUGUCUCCGAUGCAUUUUUCUUUUUUCUUUUUUUUUAUCGAAAAAAAAAUAAAUUGUGUAGUGCAACCCCCAACCAAAGCACCAACCAACAUUGACGACACUAAAGUCAUUGUAAUGGCUGCCUUUGAAGAAAGAAGCUGGUGUGCGUUAAUGGUGAUAUUGAUGACAGUAGUUGCUGAGGCAGUGACAGGUUCAGCAUGCUACUCAUCCAUCUUCAGCUUCGGUGACUCCAUUACCGACACCGGCAACUUGUAUUUCAGUCAUCAAACUACCGACCAACACUGCUUCUUCCCUCCGUACGGCAAAACUCACUUCCGUCAUCCUUCCGGUCGCUGCUCCGAUGGGCGCCUCAUCAUUGAUUUUAUUGCUGAGUAUUUGGGGAUUCAGUCUGUGAAACCCUACAUUGGAAUGAAGAACGGUAAAUUGGAAGAUUGGAGUGUGGGUCAGGCUGUUAAUUUUGCUGUCAUUGGAGCCACUGCUUUGGACGCCACUUUCUUCCAGGAUAUAGGUGUUCAAACUGGUGCUACUAAUUAUACUCUCUCUGUUCAAUUCAACUGGUUCAACCAAUUCCUUUCUUAUCUCUGCACUUCUUCCACAAGCUGUGAACAAAUUCUUAGGGAUUCGCUAUUUGUUGUGGGUGAAAUUGGAGGCAAUGACUUCAAUUUCCCCUUCUUUGUAAAAAGGAGCAUAGCAGAGGUUAAGUCAUACGUUCCACAAAUAAUCCAUGCAAUAAGCUCACCUAUCACUGAGUUGAUUGGUCUAGGGGCUCGCACGGUGAUGGUUCCUGGGGUUUGGCCAAUAGGAUGCAGUGCAAUGUAUUUAACGCUAUAUGAAACCCAAGAUGAAAGCCAAUAUGACUCAACAGGAUGCUUGAAGUGGGUAAAUGACUUCACUCAAUAUUUCAACCAGAAGCUCCAAGAUGAAAUACAAAGGCUUCGUGGACUUUAUCCUCAUGUCAAUAUCUUCUAUGCUGAUUAUUACAAUGCUGCUUUGCCACUAUUUAGUGAUCCCACAAAAUUUGGUUUUAAAAAGACUCUGAAAGCCUGCUGUGGAAAUGGUGGUCCGUACAACUACAAUUCAUCAGCGACUUGUGGGGAGCCAGGGGUGCUUGCUUGUGAUGAUCCUUCUCAGUAUAUUGUGUGGGAUGGUAUUCAUUUGACCGAGGCCACACAUAAAUUGAUUGCCCAAGCUUUAGUCAAAGGACCAUACUCUGCCCUUAGUUCCUUGUGCUCCAUGAAUGCCAGCGUCGGAUAUCACGAUAAUCUUAGCAUCUCUUGAUGUCUUAUUAUGAAAGGGCAGUCUACUCUGUACGAAUGAGUGAAUCAUUUUAGUCAUUUAAUAAGAAUUGUUUGUGAAACAUUUCCCACUUAAGAUAAUACUUUUUUGUCGACA